AAAGCAGCGCCGAUUGUCCCAGAAAAAUACGGUAGUUAAACAGAAAAGUAGUACUUAACCGAUCUCAGGAUACACGCAAAUUUUUAAUUUCGCCUGGCCGUAUGUACGAAGUAUUCACUGAUGUCCAUUUUGGAGCAAAUAAUUUGUGAUCUCGUAACAGAAAUUAAUACGCCAACAUGUUACUAUAAUGCAUUUCUUUGAUCUCGUUAUGCAAAAACUGUACAUUAUAAUUUGAAUUGUCCGUUCACAAAAGUGCAUCAUCUCGUCAUCUGUAAUUACUUGGCGGAUACCAUGUUUACUGAUAAAAUUUGUUAGUAACAGUUAAUUAUAGCACGAGAGUGACAAGUACAAGAUACAAAUGUAAAGUUAUUUGCAUUAUCUCGAAGUGAAUCCAACUUUUGCAUAGACAGUAACAAAAUUACUGCUAUAAAAAUCGCUGAUAAACUACUCACAGACUACUACUCACAGACUAAAACUGUUUUGGAAUAGAGACAAGUUGUUUCUCUUUGACAACCCAGUGUAUAUCUGUACAACAUAUUUGUAUAAUUUAUGUGGAGACCAUGAUUUAUGGUAAUUAACCAUGGCAACAAUCAUUGUGGCAUGUAGUGGAAGACACAGUUAAGCACCAGCCCCACCUUUCUUCAUAAUGCACUAGGGAAUGGUAUAGAAUCCAAAUGAUUGACAUUCACAAUUGAGAUACAUCACUCCUCAGCCGGAUUCAGGCUGUCGCCAAUGAAAAAUGUUGUUCCAAGUCAGUGGCAGUCAACCUGGUCCCUACAGCCCACUAAUGGGCAGUCCAGUUUUCAGGAUGGAUUUAUGGUGCUACAAAAACAUACCCACGUAGAGUACCAGAAGGAUUCGAUCAAUUCGCUGUAAAUGAGCAACAGAAUCCGGUCUGACCUGAGAGCAGAUAUCCUGUUAACUUGGCAGUGUAAAUGUAAUAUGCAAUUGUGAAUACCAUUUUGGAAGAGGCAGUAUACAAUAGUUGGCACCCGUGUGUAUCCAAAUAAACAAUAAAUAAACAAAUAAAUACUGUUUUGCAGUAAAAGUUGUUGGUACAGUGUGCAAGCUAGUUACAAGUGAAACAUGGAAGCAAAUGGUAAUGUAUGUUUGAGGUGGAACAACCACCAGAGUACAGUACUUUCUGUCUUUGAAACCCUUUUAGACAGCGGAACACUUGUCGACUGCACUAUCGCAGCCGAAGGUCGUUGCUUGAAAGCUCACCGAGUGAUCCUCUCAUCGUGUAGCCCUUUCUUUGCACUGUUGUUCAGCCAGCACUAUGAGAAACACCCGAUAGUUGUACUGAAAGACAUCAGAUUUCAGGAACUGAGAGCUGUGGUGGAUUACAUGUACCGUGGUGAGGUCAACAUUUCCCAGGAUCAGCUGGGAGGUCUCCUGCAGGCGGCAAAGUUGCUGCAAAUAAAAGGCUUGUCAGACAGUGGUGAGGGUAGAGGAGAUGGGAAGGUGGAAGUGGACAAAACUAAGGAAAUGUGCUCUUCGGUCCUACAGAGUGGUGCAGCAGUUGAGCAAUCUGCAGAACCUGCAACAGUCACUCGGUUCCCACCAGACACAGACGUAGUUGAUCUAUCAGAUGACAGUUUACCAUCUCCUGAUGCACAGGAAACUCUCAGUACAAAAGAACAAAAUACGUCACCAAUCAAUUGUGCUCUCAGGGCUUCACACAGUUUAUCUGCUCGCCACGAGAACAAAAUUGGGAAUAGUUCUUCUGCAGCCGAAAAUCACCUGAGCACUCUACACGGCACAUCCAAUGAACCACAGGUUAGUUCAACGAUUUCAGCACAUGCUUUAACACCGUUGACUUCUGCAGCAUUUCCAAAGUCCGUGCUGGAAAAUAACUUGCCAGAUGUUCCAGAGAACAAGACUGAUAGAAUAAAAUGUGAAAAUACUCUACUGCCAAAAGCAGCUUCAGAGCAGACAGCAGUCACAUUAAAAGGUCCUCUCCAGAAACCAGGAGCACUUACAGAAACACCAGUUAAGAGUGAAAGUGAGUUAAUGGACACUGACGACAACUUUGCUGACAAUGUUUCGCGUAAUUUUACAUUUAAUAAUGUGGACUGUGCAGCGCACCGAGAACAGCAGUCACCUAGUGACAGGGCGAACUUUCUCAGUGAGGGAAUGAGUAUUGAAAGUGUGGUCGACUGGACGUGUGACAUUUAUUCGGGCCUCCCCCAGUCAAAAAGACCUUGUUUCUCUAGGUGCAGAGUUUGUGGCAAGGUGUACAAGUACAACAGGAAUUUAACAAAACAUUUAAAAUAUGAAUGUGGGAAAGAACCACAAUUUUGUUGUCCAUACUGUCCAGCAAGGUAUACUCAGAAUGGAACACUGAGGAAGCACCUCGAAAAACAUCAUCAAAGUAGUGAGAGUGUCAAGUAAUGUAACAGAUUAAAUGUGAAAACUAUAAUUUAAAAAAAAAUGGUGGAUACAUUUCCCCUGCUACCAGUACAACUGUGCUUCCAAAAGUCUCACAGUGUGUAAGUGAACAAAUAGUUUGAUAAUACUGUCUCAAACAUCAAUGUUGCUCCCCAAUUACCUUUAAUGUCUGCAUGCAGAAAACAGUGUUAAAGUUAGAAGUUUAUUAGAAUAGAGACCAGGAGGAAAUCAUAUACUAUUGUCAGAAGUUACCGUUUGUUUUCAAGCAAAGAGAAUACACAUCUUAUCAUACUAAUGACAUAGUGGUGAUGCAAGAUGACUGGAAACAAAUGUGCAGGCCAUAUCUGCAGAAUGAUUAAAGUGUUUUCGAUGAA